GUUUUGUAGUUCCUCGGUUGUUGACCUGUCAGCGUUGUAGUACAAGCUGUCACUGCUGAUAAUUUGUCUGUCCUUCUGGUAGUAACAGUUUUCGGCCAGCAACACAGCGAGCUCAAGAGCGGCGGACUCAUAGGAUUGUUUGAACUUAACGUUCUUGCUGGUGUCAGCUAAACCGCGAGCUAACUGCUAAAGUUAGCUAACAACCCAACCCGCUUUACAGCUAGCUUGCUAGCUAGCAUUCGACAGCAGCUAGCAGCGUUAGCUAGCUUUGUUGCAGUUAGCUAGAUAGUCUGCUGGAAGUACGAGGGCUAGGAAGCCGCCCACUCCUGCAAAGCAGCAUUCCGGACAAAAGAGCGCACAAUGGAGGCCCAAAGCUCCAGCGAGCUGCUGCUGUCCAGAAAGAGAAAAAGAGAGAGUUCCAAUCGGGAGACCGAGGAAGGAGAGAGGCUUGGGAAAAUCCCCAGAUGUACUGUGGGGUUGAAGCACCCUGCACCUUUCGCAGAUGAGCUGGUGCCUGAUAAUAAGCCCUAUGAGAGAGUCAACAUGGAGGAGGCGAAGAGGGGAACCCCACCAGACAGACCGGUGCGGGUGUAUGCAGAUGGCAUCUUUGAUGUUUUCCACUCAGGUCACGCCAGAGCGCUCAUGCAGGCUAAAUGCCUCUUCCCAAAUACACACCUCAUCGUAGGAGUGUGCAGUGAUGACCUGACCCACAAAUACAAGGGCUUCACGGUGAUGAAUGAGGACGAACGAUAUGAUGCCAUCAGACAUUGCCGCUAUGUGGAUGAAGUGGUGCGAAACGCUCCCUGGACGUUAACGCCAGAGUUCCUUGCAAAACAUCGCAUUGACUUCGUGGCCCACGAUGACAUCCCAUACUCCUCAGCGGGCAGUGAUGACAUUUACAAGCACAUCAAAGAAGCCGGUAUGUUUGCUCCUACCCAGCGGACAGAGGGCAUCUCUACCUCUGACAUCAUCACACGCAUAGUCCGUGACUAUGACGUGUACGUCAGACGCAACCUGCAGCGAGGAUACACAGCGAAGGAACUCAACGUCAGCUUCAUUAAUGAGAAGAAGUACCACCUGCAGGAGCGCGUGGACAAGGUGAAGAGGAAGGUACGUGACGUGGAGGAGAAGAGCAAAGAGUUCGUCCAGAAGGUGGAGGAAAAGAGCAUUGACCUCAUCCAGAAAUGGGAGGAGAAAUCCAGGGAGUUCAUUGGCAACUUCCUGCAGAUGUUUGGCCCUGAGGGAGCUCUGAAGCACAUGCUGAAAGAAGGGAAGGGCCGCAUGCUGCAGGCCAUCAGCCCGAGGCACAGUCCCGACAGCAGCCCCACCCGCGAGGAGCGCUCCCCCUCUCCCACCUUCCGUCUCCCCUUCUUCACCAAGACCUCCCCGCCUCCCUCGCCUCCGCCCCACCACAGCGGAGCCCGCGGAUACCUCAUCAGCGAGGACGACGACGAGGACGACGAGGAUGAUGAAGACGACAAAAACUAGAGCACAUUUGAAUCCGUCAUUGUCGUCGAGCCGCAGUCAGCGCUACCAGUUAACUGAGCUGUUGAGUAAUAUGGUUUCCAUCGAGGUCCUGCUUCCAUUUUUUUUUUUUUUUUUCAUUUGUUAUGAUUUUACUUUUUUAGCACUCCAGUGUCACAUUAACUGUUAACAGCCACUUUGUCCACAGCUCUUAUUUUUAACAGCCAAUUUUGUCCCCUUUGUUUUUCAUGUAACGGUCAGUUAAAGUCACCACUAGUCACCUGAUUUACUUUGAAAAUUAGUCUCAUUUAUCUCAGUCACUUUGGAUGUUAAGUUUAUUAGUCACUCACUGUCACUUAGGAAUAUUUGCAGGGGUUACACGCAGUGUGCACUCUUCCAGCUAUGACCAUGUUCUUAAGGCUGGCAUGGUAGUGAGGUAGGGGUUUGUGUUUUUGUCACGGCUAAGCGGGAGGGUGCGCAGGUUUUUUGGGCACUUGCUGGAACAGCACAUCUAGUUUUGGUGUGUGAGACCUCAUGGAGACACUGUUGAAUCUCUCCGGGGGAGGUUUUUAGAGCAGGUCAGAAAACUGGACAUUUAAAUGAUCUGCUCAUGUGGGGCAGUUUAUAUUCUGCUCAUACUAACACGAAAAAACAACCUGACUUCUUUUUUUUCUUUUUUUUGAACAACAGGGAAACUCCAGAUUACAUCAAAUCGGAGCCGAACCUGAGAGUCGAGUGUUAAACGUCUACUAAACAGCAGCUUUUCCCCAAGUUUGUCUGCCUGCUUUGGGGCUACGCGUGUAUGUGCAUGUGAUGUUUGUGCGUGCAAGCUCUUACGUCGGCAUGUGUCAGCCAUCUGUUGACAGAUCUGGGUUCAGCGUUGACUUGACUACAUAUAGUAAUAAAUUUGCUUUUAAACGUUUUUGUCUGUCGACAAGAUUCAGUCUUCGUAAGACUAGUUUCAAGCGGGGCACCUUUCUUGUGGCAGAGGAAGAAAGUCUUGCAAGAGCGACCUGUUGAAAUGUUGAUGUAGAAAUACUUAUUUUUGUAGAUUUCUGUUUUCCUUUCCUUAACCCCCUGUACAGAUAAUGAUCUUAAUCAUCUCUGUUUAGCAGUGCUUUGACAGUUUGAGCAGUGAAUCAACACGAGCAAGGCUGGAGUUAUAUUUUUAUUUCCUUUUUUAUAAUGCAGAUCCUGGGCCUGUAGGGAAGUAAUCAUGUGUAUCAAGAGAUGCACACUUGAUGACAGUAGUUUUAAUAUUGAAGAAGACCUCAGAACUGUCUGAAUACAUUUCCUGAAUAGUUAGUUGGAGCCAUAAGCACACUUUUAUGAAAAAGGCCUCCUGAUUGGUAGCAUACAAUCAUUGCAAAACAUACAAGGCCAUCCCAAACGUUUGGGGCUUUUCCAGUUCUUGCACCAGUCUGCAGGUCUUCUGCUAAACUGAGUCUGUGCACACAGUCUGCAUGGGUUUAAAGACCGGCAGACAGGACUGCACCAUGUCACUGAUACCCCUUUUCCACCAACGUGGGUUUUGUUCUGGUUCCUGGACCUAAUAUUGAACCGUUUAGACCAAAAAUGAACUUGUUCAGAACCUGAAAACGUGGUACUCCAGCUUCCUCCCACAGUCCAAAGACAUGCAGGUUAAUUGUUGACUCUAAAUUGUCCGUAGGUGUGAAUGUGAGUGUGAAUGGUUGUCUGUCUCCAUGUGUUAGCCCUGUGAUAGUCUGGUGACCUGUCCAGGGUGUACCCCAUCUCUCGCCCAAUAUCAGCUGGGAUAGGCUCCAGCCCCCAUGAGACCCUCUACAGUAUAAGAGGUUAUGGAAAAGUGAAUGAAUGAAUGUGUAGCAACAGAACAAAAGCUGAAAAAGGUUAUCAUAUAUCACAUUGUUGAUUACAAUGAUUCCGCUCAAAACUGGUGGAAACGCAGGCCGGUUCUGUCGAUAGCACCACAGUUCCAAGAAUCCUGUACGUUUAAGAACCAGAGCUGAUUUGGUGUUAAAGGGGUAAUAAUGGUGCGAGGCAUUCAGACUUGUGCAUCCAUGAAACUCCACAUCAACGUUUACGUAGCUACCUCCUUCUUCCCUGAACUGAUUCUGUUUCCUGAGAUGAGCACAAAGUAUGAGCAUCAUUCUUCCUUUCUGAACAGAGCCAUUGUUGCAGCACUGAAGCGAAGUGACUGGGUCAAAUAUUUGAGAUUUUCCUGCCUCAGAGUCCGUGUCCUGCAUCUCUAAAGCAUGUGUCGUGUCUCCCGUAUAACCGAAAAGUGAAACAUCACAGGUGAUUUGAAUGCAAUACUGUUAGAUGACUCUAAUAUAAAUGUUGGCAGACGUCUGUUCAAGGCUUGGUUUCCCAAAAUGAUCUUGUGUGGUUUAAAUCAAUCUUUGCUGCAGCACCACAGUCUGCCUCUGUUGGGGAAUAACUCUAAAGGAUUCCAACGGUCAUGAGUGCAUACUUUUAGUAUUAAAAGUUUGCUGAGGAAAUCCAGCCACAGUUUCGGUGCUAAGCUACUUUUGGGAACCCUCGCCUCGAUUCUUGUGGAAUCUUUAAAUCAGUGUGAACCUCUCAGUAAGAGCAUGUCCACGAGUUCAUGGAGGCAAAGUCUCGAGUGGCAAGCCAGUAACAGCCACUACUGCUAGAUACACAUUUAAAUGUUUUUAACUGCGUUUUAAUCGUAUUAUUUUACUGUUUGGGGUUAUUUUUUGUUUAAUGUCCUGGAUGUAGAGGAAGGGCAAGACAGGAAAAAUGUAUUAAACAUGUUGGCCAAAG